AUGCUGGCGGAGCGGCGGGCGUACAGAGAGGCAGAGAUAAACAUGAUGGACGACCUAUCAGAGGCUGACUUCCAAAAAGAGGAGGAGCCCGCCAGCCCGGCCCCUCCGCCUUCACAGCAGCACACAGACCCCGCCUCCCCGACAGUCGCCGUGACGCCAGAACCCGUUGCCAGGGGUGACCAGGCCACGCCGAGUGAGAUAGAGUACCAGGAUGGCCGGGGCUUUGGCAUCGGCACACUGGUGUUCGGGAAGCUGCGCGGUUUCUCUUGGUGGCCCGGUAAGAUCGUUUCCUGGUGGAUGAGCGGCCGGAGUCGAGCUGCUGACGGCACUCGCUGGGUCAUGUGGUUCGGUGACGGCAAGUUCUCUGUGGUUUGUGUGGAGAAGCUGAUGCCUCUGAGCUCUUUCUCAUCUGCCUUCCACCAGCCCACCUACAACAAACAGUCCAUGUACAGGAAAGCCAUCUUCGAGGCUCUGCAGGUGGCCAAUGAGCGGGCGGGAAGGCCAGUCCCUUCCUGUGAUGUGAGCGAUGAUGCAGAGGGUGUGGACAUUCAAACCAGACAGAUGAUAGAGUGGGCCAUGACCGGCUUCCUACCCAAUGGUCCACAAUCAUUGGACCCUCCAGAAGAGGAGCAAAAUCCAUACAAAGGGGUGUACCCAGAUAUGUGGGCGGAGCCUGAGGCAGCAUACACGCCUCCACCUGCAAAGAAACCACGCAAGAACCAUGCAGCGGAGAAAGCAAAGAUCAGAGAGGUGAUCGACGAGGGGACCAGAGAGAGACUUAUAUAUGAGAUCAAGAAGAAGACCAGGAAUAUAGAAGAUAUCUGUAUCUCCUGCGGAAGCCUCAACGUCUCUCUGGAGCAUCCUCUCUUCGUAGGAGCCAUGUGCCAGGGUUGCAAAAACUCCUUCCUGGAGUGCGCCUACCAGUACGAUGACGACGGCUACCAGUCCUACUGCACCAUCUGCUGUGGAGGCAGGGAAGUGCUCAUGUGUGGCAAUAACAACUGCUGUAGGUGUUUCUGUGUGGAGUGUGUGGAUCUGUUGGUAGGAGCCGGCUCGGCGGCAGCAGCCAUCAAAGAAGACCCCUGGAACUGCUACAUGUGUGGCCCCCGGAACACCUACGGUUUGCUGCGGCGACGGGACGACUGGCCCUGCAGACUACAACACUUCUUUGCCAACAACCACGAACAAGAAUUCGAGCCAGCCAAGUUGUAUCCUCCAGUUGCAGCAGAGAAGAGACAACCAAUCAGAGUCCUCUCUCUGUUCGACGGCAUUGCCACAGGUCUUCUGGUGCUGAAGGAUUUGGGUCUCCAGGUCGACAAGUACGUGGCUUCUGAGGUGUGCGAAGACUCCAUCACUGUUGGCAUGGUUCGGCACCAUGGACGCAUCAUGUACGUGGGAGAUGUCCGCAACGUAACCCGCAAACAUAUUGAAGAGUGGGGACCAUUUGACCUGGUGAUAGGAGGAAGCCCCUGCAACGACCUGUCCAUAGUCAACCCUGCACGGAAAGGCCUUUACGAGGGAACCGGCCGGUUGUUUUUCGAGUUCUACCGUCUGCUGCACGAGGCUCGACCAAAACCAGGCGACGAGCGGCCGUUUUUCUGGCUGUUUGAGAACGUGGUUGCGAUGGGAGUCAGCGACAAACGGGACAUCUCUCGCUUUUUAGAGAGUAAUCCAGUGAUGAUCGAUGCCAAGGAAGUCUCUGCUGCCCACCGCGCUCGCUAUUUCUGGGGAAACCUGCCAGGCAUGUCCAGACCUCUGACACCGAUGGCCAAUGACAAGCUUGACCUACAAGAAUGCCUCGAGCACGGGCGCACAGCCAAGUUUGAGAAGUUGCGUACGAUAACGACACGCUCCAACUCUGUGAAGCAGGGGAAAGACGAGCAUUUCCCCGUCUACAUGGACAACAAGGAGGACAUCCUCUGGUGUACCGAGAUGGAAAGGGUGUUCGGUUUCCCCGUCCACUACACUGACGUGUCCAACAUGAGUCGUCUGGCCAGGCAAAGGCUUCUGGGACGUUCCUGGAGCGUCCCUGUCAUCAGGCACCUCUUCGCCCCGCUCAAGGAGUACUUCGCCUGCAACUAGUCACACACCAACUCUCUCUCUCUCUGUCACACACACACACACACACACACACACACACACAUUUACACACAUAAACAGUAUGUAAUGACAGACACACACACAGGUAACUACACGCAGUAUACAGCUAGUACAUGAAGGUUG